CAGCUCCUUGGGUUUUUGACGAAUGGUGGAUUUACACGAUACUCAGUCUUAUGGGGCAGAGAAUGAGCAUGUUUUACACUAACCCCAGAUCCUGAACGCGGGCAGCUUUUUAGAGAGAGAAGAAGGGGGAGAGAGAGAGAGGGAUAUGGGUUCAUGAUACAGUGAGUCAGAUGGGUUGGGGCAAUGCUGGGUUGGGCGGAUACCCUUUAGAUCCACAGCCCUUCACCAAGUCCCCAAAUGGAGUCUCCCCUUGGAUUUUGAGCACAAGAACUUUAGAGAGAGCGAUUAAAAAACACUUCCCCUUCUCCCUUUAUUGCCUUCAAAUUCCUCAUUUUACUCUGUAUCCACAACUGGAUUCUGUUCUUCAUCUUCUUCAUUUCUACUGUAUUUGAUUCUCGUUCUUCCCUUUCAUCGUUGCUCCAUUUGGGUUUCUAUUUCGUAUCUCCUUUCUUCGCCUCUUUUGACUCUGUUUUCCCCCCAUUAUUUGUGUGAGCAUUGGGAAAUUUUGAAGCCCCACUUGGGCGAUUCCCUUUCUGGGCGGUUUUUUGGGUUAUGUGUACCUGUUUGGGAGCUGGGAAAAUCAGAAUGCCGAGAAAUAGAGAUUUUCCUUGUUCACCCCUUUUCUUCUCUCUCUCUUGCUCCCUUGAUAGAACAGAGGAUUCCCCAUUUCAUUAUUUUUGUCUUUGAUUCUUCUAGUUACUGUUGUGAAUCUGGUGUCUAUAUGAAUUUGGUGGAACAAUGAGAGAUGAGAACUCAAAGAAAAGCAAGCUUUCAUGGCCUAAAACACUGGUUAAGAAGUGGUUCAACUUGAAGAACAAAUCCGAUGAUUUUGUAUCGGAUGAUAUCGCUUAUAGAGGUGGUGAUGAAGAGUGGCGGAAAAACUGUUCAAAGCGGGAGACGUGCACAGUCAAGAAAAGCAAAACAGACAGAUCCAACAAACGACAUUCGGAUCGAACUCGACGAGGCAAGAUUGACCUUGAUGGUACGCUGGUUACUGAAGUGCAAAACUACAGGGUUUUUGUUUCUACUUGGAAUGUUGCUGGAAAGGCCCCUCCUAACUGUUUGAAUCUUGAAGAUUGGCUUCAUGCUUCCCCUCCAGCUGAUAUCUAUGUUCUUGGGUUUCAAGAAAUUGUUCCUUUGAAUGCUGGUAACGUUUUGGGGACUGAAGACAAUGGCCCAGCAAAGAAAUGGCUUGCUCUAAUUAGGAAGACUCUCAACAGUCUUCCCGGCACUAGUGGGACGUGUUACACGCCUUCUCCUAUUCCCGAUCCGGUUGUGGAAUUGGACGCAGAUUUCGAAGGAUCGACAAGGCAGAAGGCUUCGUCGUUCUUCCAUCGAAGAUCAUUUCAAUCACUGAGCCGUAGCAUGAGAAUGGACAAUGACAUAUCCAUGCCACAACCACGACUCGAUCGACGGUUUAGUGUGUGUGAUCGAGUUAUGUUUGGACAUCAACCGAGUGAUCAUCAUGAGCCAAGUUACAGAUGGGGUUCCUCCGAUGAUGAGAAUGGAGAUUCACCCAUUGCCUCACAUUAUUCACCUUUCUCUUAUAAUGGUUUUCUUCCCAUGGAGGAUAGAGAUAAUCGACAAUCCGGUCACUCGAGGUACUGUUUAGUUGCGAGCAAACAAAUGGUUGGGAUCUUUUUAACUGUUUGGGUGAGGAACGAUCUCCGAGACGACAUUCGAAACAUGAAAGUAUCUUGUGUUGGUAGAGGAUUAAUGGGUUAUCUUGGGAAUAAGGGAUCAAUUUCAAUAAGCAUGUCUUUACACCAAACAAGUUUUUGCUUCAUCUGUACUCAUCUAACCUCUGGCCAGAAGGAGGGAGAUGAACUUCGGAGAAACUCCGACGUCAUGGAGAUUCUCAGAAAAACACGGUUUCCCCGAGUUCACGGCAUGGGGGACGAGAACUCUCCUCAGACGAUCUUAGAGCACGAUCGAAUUAUUUGGCUUGGGGACUUGAACUAUCGGAUUGCAUUGUCGUAUCGAUCGGCAAAGGCUCUUGUGGAGAUGCAAAACUGGAAGGCAUUGUUAGAGAAUGAUCAGUUACGACUCGAGCAGAGACGGGGCCAUAUCUUCGAAGGAUGGAAUGAAGGAAAAAUAUACUUUCCUCCCACGUACAAGUAUUCGAAUAAUUCCGAUCGAUAUGCAGGAGAGAUGAGGCACCCAAAGGAGAAGAGAAGAACUCCGGCUUGGUGCGAUCGCAUACUAUGGUAUGGAAGAGGCCUUCAUCAACUGUCGUAUGUACGUGGAGAAUCGAGAUUUUCAGAUCAUCGACCUGUUUACAGCAUAUUCUUAGCUGAAGUUGAAUCUAUAAACCAUAGCCGAAUCAAGAAAAGUAUGAGCUAUUCGAGUUCCCGCAUCGAAGUCGAAGAGCUGUUGCCGUGUAUGUAUAGACAUCCUGAAAUGAACUUCUACUGAGGGAUAUUCUUGCCACUCCAAGCUUUUCUAAGCCAACAACUUGUGAUCAAAUCACUUACUCUACAAGAAGGGCUCAUUCAUCGUUCGAUCAUCGUAUCGACUUCCUCACCAAUCCUACUAAAACUCGCCCUCUCAAUUAAGGCUAGAACAAGAAAAAGAACAAGAAAAAGUUGGUUGUUUGACACAACCAUGGCGACCUUCUGAAGGCCUGGAAGGUGAAGGAGAAGAAGGUCCAUUAUGAGCUUGUCACUGUGCAGGUGGUGGUGGUGGUGGUGAUGGUGGUGGUGGUGGUGAUGGUGGUGGUGGUGGUGGUACCUACACACUGCAAAUUUUUUUCAUCAGUUAAGAUUCAAACUGAUAUGUUGGACAAAAUAAGUAUCAUUUUUUAGGGUUUUGGGUUCAAAUGUUUAGGAUUGUUAAUGUAUUUUAGUUUUUGGUGAUGAUUCUUUUGAGAGAUUUUUGGGAAAUAAAAGCAAAACAAAAAACAUAGGCAGCUUUUGAGAGA